AUGAUAGAUGAAAUCAAAUUACUAGUAGAGAUCCAAUUCAUAGCAACAGGAAGGAGAAAAGUACUAAAUGAAUACCUACUUACUAUGAAGUUGUCACCUGGUGUUUUUCAAAAAUUUUUAACAGUAGAAAGUGUUAGAGAGGUUUUUCACAUUUCCUGUGUGACCACUGACAUGGUAUGGAUUAGUGAUCCAAAUGGACAGAUAAUACUGACAAACAGAAAAGGUACUCGUUUACACACUUUGACAGAUACAGUUGGUCGCACUGGAGGACACACUGUGACCAGUAAGGGGACACUGAUUUAUAUAGACAAGUAUUAUAACAUCAACAAAUUGUCCAAAGACAACAAAACAGAAUAUACAUUUGUAAAGAGUACAGAAACAUGGGGAGCAAGGUGUGUCUACUGCUCUCCUAUCAAUGAAGAUCUCCUGGUUGGGAUGAGGAGAUAUAAAAAAGAUAACCCUACAAAUAAUGAUGCCAAAGUAAUGCGGUAUAGCAUUGAAGGUCGAGAAAUUCAGACAAUACACCACAGUAACACAGGUCAAAAACUAUAUAAAUUUCCUAAAUACAUCACAGAAAACCAUAACGGAGAUAUAAUUGUGUCCGAUUUAUAUAACCACGCGGUAGUGGUGACAGAUCGUGGGGGAAGACAUCGCUUCUCCUACACAGGACUUCCACCAAAAUCACAAUUAUCACCACAAGGAAUCUGUGUAGAUGGGCUAUCACACAUUCUUGUGUCGGAUGCUAUAAGCAACACGGUUCAGAUGGUUGACAAAGACGAUAACUUUAUAACAUUGUUGUUCAACAUAAAAUUCAUGAUACAAGCAACUCAGGCAUUGGGUUAUGACAACAGAAGUCACCUACUUUGGACUGGAACAUCGGAUGAUGACAACACAUUAUGUGUUUACAGAUACAUAUUCCAAAGAAAUCAUCUCAUUUAA